AUUCAGCAAGUUUACUUACGUCAACCCGCCAGGAAGAUGUCACACUAUCCGAACCAAGGUCACUUCCCGCACGGUCAACCGCUUCCGCACAAUCCACACGAGGGACCGAUUUCACACACCGUCUUCCCGCCGGACAUGAACCCAAACUAUCCCCAUCGACCGCUGCCGGAUCCAACCACAGGUCACUACUAUCCACCGGGAGGCGUACAUCCACCCGGGCACUAUCCUCCGCCACAUCUGAUGCCACCGUCGCUGGAUGAUCCACACUAUCCGCAGUAUCCACCGGGACACUAUCCACCCGGGCACUAUCCACCGGGUGUCAUCUAUCCACCCGGGCACUACCCACCGCACUAUCCGAUUCAUCAGCAGGCGGUCGCUUACGGAGGUUCCAACCCGAGGAAGACGGAGGAGAAAAAGUAGUUUUUGUUUUUGAAAAAGUGUCAAUAUAAAGUAGGCCUUGCUUAGAUAUAUUUUUCCCGUUGGAAAAUGGAACAUUUUCAUCGUCAUUCCGGAGUGCGAUUUUCGGCAGUACGUUUCGAAUAUUUUCUUAGUGACAGAAAAACGAAAAAAAAGUGUUAUGCCCAUUGUACUGUAUUUUUACAUUAAAGCAAAUUUUGCGUUAUUUACACGAUAAAAAUUGCACGAUGUAAAGAAAAAGGCAAAACUAGUGACACAUCCUUCUAUAAACAAUUCCUGUAUGUGUCGAUGACCUUAAAAAAAUUAGAAAAAAAACUACCAGUAUUACCUGGACUCGAACCGACAAUCUUUCACUCGCUGAGUACGCCUAUUCACGGAUAAAGUUUCAACGAGAAAUAGCUGAAUGAAUGUGUAUAUGUAAGGCAGUAGGCUUUGUCUUUCUUUAAUUCGAGUUUUGCCUUAUUGCAAAGCACCGAAUGACGUUUUUGCGCAUUGUUUAAAUUGUUGAUUUGAUUUGGUUGUAUAAAUCGUUGAAUUGGUCCAUAGUGCAAAUGAGAGCUUAUUUCGAUUAUUUUCCGUUUCGACUUCGACUAGCAUAUUAUGUAAAGAGUUAAAAGGAGCAUACGUAAAUGCAAUCGAGUUAUAACCGAACGAAAAAGUAAACAUAGAGAGAUGCUGCCAUUUGCCCACACGAUCCCUUGGAACAAGUUUGCUGCAAAUGUGAUUCGCUGAUAAGCUGUUAUCAAUCCUCCGUAGCUGCAACUGAUUACUCUACCCAGUUUGUCAGUAAGUAGCUUCAAACCGGACCGCGAAGAUGUCCCAGUACAACCAACCACUCCCCGACCAACAACUCUUCCCACCUGGACGGCGAAUGUCUCGUAAUUACGCCGACGAGACUCCAAUCACGCACACCGUUUUCCCACCCAAAAUGAACGCAAGUUUUAUGGUUCGACCGGAACCGUACACGGGUCACUAUCCCUCGCAACAGCUGCGGCCGCCGCCAUCGUUGUACAAUCAUCAUCCCAUGGGAGGACAUAACAAUCCGGCGGAUCAUCCUGCACCGAACUUCCCGCCAGGACGUUACCCACAGAAGUCUACUACUGGAUCGGGAGAUAGCCAAUGAUGGUGGAUCGUUUAGUGUGAAAUAGUGGACUUUAAAUAAACGUAAAUGGAAAUCUCA